AGAGGCAGAAGGAGAGGGUAGGACAUAAACAGCACAGAUAAAAGAGGAGACAACUGGUGCCCCAGAAAGGGUUAAAGGGGGCGAGAGAAUGGGGAAAAGGAAAGAGAGAAAAAUGUAGGGGGGGGGCAGUCAUAUUCCAGCUGAAGAGGAAAGAAGCCCAUUUUGGGGAAGGACUGAAGAGAAGAAGUGAUGGACUGAACUGAAAGAAGCGCAGAAUAAGAGCGAAACGCGUGAUUGAAUGAAAAAGAAGAAAACACUGGGAGAGUUUGCCCCACCAAGAGACAGAGCAGAGAUAGAGAGACACAGAAGGACAGAGAGAGAAGAAUUAGGGGCAGAUUGCACAGUUGCCCCCACUCCUGCCAUAAAACAAGGAUGAUAUGGGGGUGAGUUAUCUGGUAGGCUGAGCAGAGACAAUGUAAAUAAAGAAAGGAGAAAUCCAGGGAAGAGGAGGAAGAGACAGAAGAGAAAAGGAUCAGAGAGGGACACAGAGGCAGCUGAGGAUGCAGCAUCUAUGGAAUCUGGGAGUAAAUAGCAGACCACCAGAACCUCAAAGAACAAUGGAACUUGCAAUCUGUCUCUCUGUUGGAACCAUCUUGUUUUUGAGUCUGUUUCCUCUGUGCCAGACGAGGUUGGCGAGGCCACCAAGAUGGAGAUGCCCAAUUGCCUGCAACUGCACCAUCGACAACGUUCUCUGUGACGGAUCCACCUACAUACCCAGCACCUACUCCACUGAUAUUGUCUCAGUAUCCAUAAUGAGAUGCAGAUUCCCAGCAAUCCCCCCUGGGAGCUUCACCCACUCCAUGUCCCUGCAGAUCCUUCUCUUUACAUCCUGUUCCUUCGAUACAAUUGCAGACGAUGCCUUCCAGGGUCUCAAGAACUUGGAAUACCUGUUCAUUGAAAACAACAGAAUCAAGUCCAUUUCCAGGAACGCUUUCCGAGGCUUACGCUUACUAGUUCACCUGAGUUUAUCAAACAACCGCCUUGAAUCCCUCCCACGCAGCUUAUUCCUCAAUCUCCCGGCUGUCAAACAUAUAGAUUUGCGAGGUAACCCCAUGCACUGCGGCUGCCCAAUUAAAUGGCUGAUGCAGUGGAAACGUGGAGUAGGGAAGAACAUUGGCCUCUGGCCUCCACUGCCCUGUGAGGAACCUGCAAAGCACAGAGGGAAGAGCCUGAUGGACCUGUCAGAGAAAGACUUCUACUGUGUGAAUAGCAGCCUGGUUCGGCGAUGGGCCUUCAAGUUCCCGUCUCUUUCAGUCCAGUCAUUUGAGUUUCUCUCUGACCAUUUUGUGGCGAUCGCUCAUCCAUUUGAAGGUCGUUGCACCUUUCUUGAGUGGGACCAUUCAGGUCAUGUCUUCCGGCACUAUGACAGCAUCAAAGGUGUGUCUGUUGUCUCCUGUCUUCCCAUUGUUAUAGGAGACCAGCUCUUUGUGGUUGUCGCACAGUUAUUUGGUGGAUCUUCUGUGUACCGACUGGAUCCCUCUCCUAGCCUCAUCUCCCCCUUCCGUUUAUUACAGCACUUGCCUGACAUACGCAAACCCAACGACAUAGAGGCCUUCACAACAGGAGAUGGGGAACACUAUUUCAUAAUAACAGACAGUGCCAAAUCUGGAGCCAGUACUUUGUAUCGGUGGGACGGCCGGGGCUUCUACCCUCACCAAAAACUCCCCCGUUGGUACAAAGACACAGAUGCCGAACCUCUAUUACUUUCAGGCUCCCAACAUCUCAUUAUUAGCAGCAGCUCCCAAAGGCCUGUAGUGUAUCGAUUUGAGGACAAGCAUCUCCGGCGCCUCACAGAUAUUCCCGAAGCUUGGGAUGUCUAUGCCGUGAAGCAUUUCACAGACCCAGAGGAUGGAAUUUUUGCCUGUUUGGUACGAUAUAUGGGAGACUCAUCCCUUGUACGUUGGGAUGGUUCUAUGUUUAAGGAACUCCAGCAGAUUCCUUCUAGAGGAUCCCAUGUCUUCCAGCCUCUUUACCUAGGACGGCGAUGGUACGCACUUUUGGGACAGGAUUUUGGUUAUACUUGGGUUUAUAAAAUGGAGAAGUGGGAACACUGGGAGGUGGAAGAUGGAAGUGAAAGAGAGAAACAGAAGGGACCUCUUGUUCCCAUGCAGGAACUUAAGGUGGUAGAAGCUCGGGCUUUCACCAGCAUUCGGGUACGAGGCAGGCAGUUUAUCUUUGUGGCAAGUUUUGGUGGGGCUACUGGUGUGUAUGAAUAUGUUGAGGAGGAAAGCAUAUGAACUUGGGUACCUCUGCUCAUAUGGACAUUGCCAAGACCUUCUGAAAGAGAUACUACACUCAAUUAUUGCUAAAUUGGCCCCAGUACAGGGGGAGAUCUUUGCUAGCCUUGGUCUUAUGGUUUCACUCUCUAAAGGUAAUGAGCAGCCUAAAUGUGUUUCUCCUGUGGUGGCUUUGCUCAGGCAGUGACAUUGUUAAGAUGAAAACUACAGAGAAUGUUAUCACACUUUAUUAACCUCAUGGCAAGUAAAUACAGUAAUUGCUUUUGUGCCAGAAGAAAAUAAGAUCAGCUUAAAGGGAAAAUUCUGGGUAUUUACAUGUUGUAGAUUUUCCUGUUCAUUCAAGUAAAUACCUGGUUGUUAGGGCGAUUAAGCCCAGCAGAAACCAGUAAUUUAAAGGUGAACUAAACCCUAAAAAUGAAUGUGGCUAAAAAUGGCAUAUUUUAUAUAGUGAAGUUAUUG